AUGUCAAACAUUAACCUCGCUCAAAAUCUCGUGCAAAAACUUCGGACGUCUAAUUAUCUUAUCUCCACAAUCGAGUCGUGCACUGGCGGAUUGAUAGCCAACCUAAUAACUGAUAUUUCCGGAUCAAGUCAAGUGUUCUGGGGUGGUCGAGUCGUCUACAGUAAUAAUGCCAAGAUUGCAUUAGGUGUUGACCCUUCAGUAAUUAACGCUCAUGGCGCUGUUUCUUAUGAAACUGCUCGUUUAUUAGCCGAGAGAGGCUUGGACGAAUUGCGGAAACAUUCAGCCAUCGGAAAUGAUUGCAAUAACACGAAACAUUUAAUUUGCGUGGCGACUACUGGGUUGGCCGAACAGAGUCCUGAGGGUGGAGUAUGUUGGAUCGGUAUCGCAUCAAGCAAUAUUGAUGCGACAUUUGUCGAACUG